AUGUCGCCCAGCAUUGCGACCAAGCGCUUGGAGCACGAAGGCAACGCUCCCCCGCGUGUUGCCUCAUCGACCGGAGAGCAAGAAAGAAGCAAGGGAAAGGGUAAAGGCGCUGCGAAACCCGCAGUCUCCCAGAUUCCUGCGUUCGAUCGACAGGCGCUGCAGCGAUGGAUCCUGUCUGUCGGCUGCGUCACUUUCGACCUCGACCUCGGGCCGGAUCUAGAAUUCCUCUACCCUCCAUUGGGAAUCAGCAAAGAGGAGAAGGACAACAUCGCCUUUUCCUCCUUUCCUGACACUUCCAUCUUUGAUGACGGGUACACGACCUUCUCAUGGCGUGUGCGCGAAGUCCCGUUGCACUCGUCCUACAGCGAAGCACCCGUCAUCGGCAGGCUGAACAAGCCUCCUCCACCUGGUCCUUCCCCUGCUGCAUCUUCGUUUUCUUCUUCACCGGACCGGAAUUCUGCCAGCCGCUCCGCUCCGCCGCCGCCGUCGACUGCAUCCGCGCUUGGACCGAACGGCGGCGGAAGUGCGCUCAAUGGGAAGCUACUUUCGCAACAUCCCUCCAUGGCUUCUAUAGCUGCCGAGACAAGUCACUCGAGGAACAACAGCGCGACAUCUACAGGUACGACCGAGCCUUCCGCCGCGGCCCUGUCUAACCUCCCGGGGGGGAGCACGAGCAGCUCUUACAUCUACGGGGUAUGCUUCUUUCGACAGAAGCGCGAUCCGUCCAUCCGGCGAGGCUAUUUCCAGAAAUCAGUCGUCAUCCUCAGCCAUCUACCAUAUGUCUCGCUGCUGACGGAACUUGUAUCCAAGCUCGGACCACUCUACUUUGAGCACGGACAACCGAUGCUUGAAGCCUUCAUUCAAGAUGUGGUGCGAUGGCCAGCACCCGAGUCAGGCGUGACUUUGACUCUCCCCGCUCUAGGCUCGGUUCUGAAGGUGUCUCUGCCUAUCGGCUCGCAGUUUCAGACGGACGCCGCCACGAAUGCAUACAUCCCCUCCUUGACGAAUCCAAACAUGGCAACAUCACUUCUUACGAAGAAGAAGAUCACACAGCCUGGCCGGCAACCCGAGCCUGAGCCCCUGCUGGCAUCAAUACCCACAACGCCACUCAUUGACACCUUCCGCGAUGCGCUUGCGGACCUUUGGCUGCUCUGGGAAUGUAUGCUCCUUGCUGAUCCUAUCCUUGUCAUUGGACCCGACCCAAAGGCUUGCAGUGAUGCUGUUUGGCAUCUUCUCGAUUUGAUCCGACCAAUACCUUACGCAGGAGAUUUUCGGCCCUACUUCCACAUUCACGACUAUGAUUGCGGCGCGCUAGUCACCAAAAACAAGCCGCAAGCAGGCACGCUGCUGGGCGUCACAAACCCUUUCUUCGUGGCCGCAUGCGGCCACUGGCCAAACCUGCUACGCGUGGGGCGACCGGCGCCAAAGGUAACCCAUCAUUUUGGCAUCGGUCGCAGCGGGAGCGCGAGCAAGAAGCCCACCGCACCCGGCCGCAAGCGCAGAGCAUCCAAGGACAGGCCUCUGCUCAAGGCGAUGGUCGAUGCUGUGGAAAAGCAAGAGGGUGUCGAAGCCGCCAACGGGAUGCUGCGUCGCUACUUUUCCGACUUGACAGAGCGCUUCUUGCAGCCACUCAAUCGCUACAUUGCUUCUUUGGUUCCGUCGUCUGGUGCGAUUCCGACUUUACCUGGCGAGCCGCUGCGCAUCAAGCCUUUCAACACGAACGAUUUCCUGGGCUCGCUAAAAGCGCAUGGCACACCUCUGCUGCUCAAGAACCGCAAUCUGCCGACGGGCGCUGCAAUUCGACAGUCACUCUAUCUCGAUUUCCUCAAGUGUCCCAACUUUUCACUCUGGCUGCAUGCAAAGUUGGCCGCCGCGGAUGAUGAUAAUUGGCGCAGGAGGAUCAAGGUUCUCGAGAUGGGUGAUGUGCAGAGGUUUGCACAGAGGAAUGGCGAGAUUGAAACGAUCGACUUGCUGAGCAGAUUACGAGAAGAGAUCGUGAGUAUCGCCUUCUCAAAUUGA